ACAGCCUGGCUCUUUAACUCAAGUAACCAAUGGUAGCACGGCACUCUGACUCACCAAAUAAGGAGAGCCAAGACCAUAAAAGGCAACAUUGUAUCUCUUUAUAUGGAGGGAAGUAGAUCUGGCAUUAAUACCCACUAUCUCGGCUGCUUCUGAAAAUUUUGUUUAUGCCGAUUUCUAAUUCAUUUUCUCCUCUUGUGGACGUGUUAAUUGUAGUAUGAUUGGACAAUAUUCACCAGGGGACAAAAUGGUGGUUGUUUACGACAUUUUCAUGGCGUCCUAGGUUUCGAAGCGGAGCGAUUUUUUCAAGCCGUGGUUCGCCAUUUCCAUAUGUGGCAUGCAGUGUAUGUUUCUGGAGGGGGUGGCUUUGAUUGAUGGACUGUAGGCGGAAACAUCACUUCGUAAACUUUGGUCAGUUUUUGUGAGUCAAUUUAUUUCCCUUACUGAUAGGAUUGUUGAUUGUAACGCUAGUUGUUUGAAGAUACGUGUCGGAGUCCGACAUAACUACUCCCAUUAAAGGCGGAGUACACUCGUUUUCAACUCGGUUGUCAACUGAAGAUCGGUGAAUACAUCGUUACCUGUAUAACGUGGACUUAUUGUCAGCCACAUUCUGACCAGAAGAUUGAAUAAUUUCUCAACGGGACUUGGUCACCAGGGUAAAUAUAUUUUCUAAGCUCAGUUGAUCGAACUAGUGAACAGUGACAACGUUGGUUGCAGCUAGCUCCUCGUUCGGACGGACGAACUGCCCGGGGGUACGUGCCUUUGAUGUUUGCGGGAAGCAGCACAGGUAUGGGCACUCGAGGGGGUGUGCGCUCUGGUAACGGGACUGGAUUAACCACGCUACAGGUUGCCAAUACAUCUGGAGGUCUCGGUGGGAUAAACACGGGAAUGACCAUGCCUGACGGCGGCAGAUACAACGAAAGGGAGUCCGCUGAGGUGGUCGUCAGUUGCUCCGACGCAGAAUCGGAUUCGGGGGAUGACGAGGACACAGGUUCAGCCGGGGACAGGAGAGGAGUGAAGCGUGAAAGAGCGGAGAUGGAAGUCGGAAGCUCCUCGGGAGCAGCGGGCUUGGAGCGCGGUGCAUACGGUGCUUCAGCAGGUGGCGUGACCGGUGCGAAGCCAGGCAAGAAAACUCGCGGGCGAGUCAAAAUUAAAAUGGAAUUUAUCGACAACAAGCUGAGGCGGUACACAACUUUCAGCAAAAGGAAGACGGGGAUCAUGAAAAAGGCGUAUGAGUUGUCCACUCUGACGGGCACCCAGGUUCUGCUGCUGGUGGCGAGUGAGACGGGUCACGUCUACACGUUCGCCACGCGCAAGCUGCAGCCCAUGAUCACCAGCGACACGGGCAAGGCGCUGAUCCAGACGUGCCUGAACUCGCCCGACUCGCCGGCGCCACGCUCGACCUCCGACCCCAGCAGCGAGCAGCGCAUGAGCGCCACGGGCUUCGAGGAGACCGAACUCAGCUACCAGGUGGCAGAGGGGGCGGACGGGGUCGCAGCCGCCGGAGCGGAGAACAGGGCUGGUUUCACCCUCUCCUCUCUCCAGGGCGGAGCCCCCAGCAACACCUCCACCCCUCCCUCCUCCUCCUCCUCCUCUUCCUCCCCUCCUCCUCUCCCAUCCUCCUCCUCCUCCACCUCCUCCUCUGCUGUCCCCUGCUGGUCUGGAGUGGUCACGACGCAGAGCGGCAGUCUGUGUGCCAACGGCACCGUGCUGAAGGCCACCAACAUGCUCACACACGCGCAGGCGCACGCACACACCACCACCACGGCGACCGGGAUGGUCCUGCCGCAGGGAAUCACCAUCAUGUCAGGCACCACUCUCCCACCCGGCACACACACCAUCCCCCUCAGCCAGCUGCAGGCACACUCUCUGACCUUCCAGACCACCGCCUCCACCUCCUCUUCCUCCACCUCCUCCUCUUCCGCCUCCUCUUCCUCCACCACCCAGCCACACACACAGACGCUUCAAACGCUUCAGGCACUACAGGCGCUUCAGGCCAUUCAAACGCCGCAGCAGCAUCAGCAUCAGCAGCAGCAGCAUCUGCAUCAGCACCAGCAGCAUCCUAUGGGGCUGCCCUUCGUCACGGCGACCACCACCGCCGCCGCCGCGGGCGCCGUCACUCCCUUCUCGCACGCGCUGUCGCAGCAGCAGCUGCAGCAGGCCGCUCAGACACACACCUUCCUGCGCCUGCCCGCCACCGUCUCGCUCUCAGGUGCCGGUCUCCCUCAGCAGUUGCAGCUGGUUCAGUCCUCCAGCCAGCAGGGCGGCGCUAUCAUCAGCAGCAGCAGCGACGGCACCUCCACCUCCGACAUCAACCACACCACUGUCAGCUCCACUGUCUCCCACCCCACCACCAUCAUCACUUCCUCGGCCUCCUCCGCAGGCGGUCACAUGAUGUACCCCAGCCCUCACACUGUCAUGUAUGCCACGCCCACUGCCGAGGGGGGCGGCGGCCUCACCGUGCUCAACCCCUUCCCCCCGUCCUCCACCAUCCAGCUCUCCCAUUCGCAGGCACAGGACACAGGAGCGAUUUCUCAGAUGUUCUUCACCAGUCCACAGGGCACUGUCCAAAUCCCCGUCUCUGCUGUUCCACUGCACUCGAUGCUGAUUGGUCAGCAGCCGGGGGGUAGCAGCAGUAACCUGACAGAGCUGCGAGUGGUCAGCCUGGACAGCACCAAGGCCGAUUGACGUACGACCUUUGACCCGGCCUCUGACCGUUAACCCUUAACUGCCGGAGGUCACCACGGCAAACGGAGCGCAUCGCCACGGCAACGGAAACGCCACCACUAUUUAUGAAUGCUUUCUCACUUGCUUACGGGGUCUCCCUUUGACUCUUUCUGUUUUUUUUUUAACAAGAUGAAUUUCGGGGGACAUGUUCCACAGGAACGAGAGUCCCUCAAAUGGCAGCGUGCCUCUGAGAUGCAGGACUGAGCCGAGGUCGGCGCGUGACGGGGGGGGAAUGACCUGUCCGUGACGCGACGUGACGGCUCCGUUCGCUGCUGGCACUGCGGCUUCACCUAUCUCUGGUUAUCAUUGUCCAAAGGCACAGAUGUAAAUAUUUCUGUGUGUGUGUCUUUGCGGGUGCGUGUGUGCGUGUGUGUGUGCGUGCGUGCGUGCGUGUGUGUGUGUGUGUGGUUUACAAAAGAAUAUGUGAAUGCAUUGAGGAGAAAAAUAUGCACACACCAAUAUCAAAUAUAAUAGGAAAGGAAACGAUUGUACAUUCAAAGAUGCCGUUAGCUACCUUUUCAACAAUGUUUUUUUUUUUAUUAUUACUAUUAUUCGCCUUUCUUUCUCCUGAGGACCACCCCUGGUCCACAACCACGAGUCCUACUUCAUCAUACGGUGGCCCUUGUGGCUCAUUCUGUCAAAGACACAAAACAUCAAAGACAUUCUAAACUCAGAGAGUCCCUUGGCGUGACCAAUGUGCCGUCUGUCUACCUGCUUCAUUCACCUGGCCCAGCAGACGGACAUUUCCAUUGGCUGAGAGAGAGUUAUGUCAAAGAGACGGACAUUUGUAUUGGCUGAGAGAGCGUUAUGUCAAAGAGCCAGACAUUUGUAUUGGCUGAGAGAGCGUUAUGUCAAAGAGACGGACAUUUCCAUUGGCUGAGAGAGCGUUAUGUCAAAGAGACGGACAUUUACAUUGGCUGAGAGAGUUAUGUCAAAGAGCCAGACAUUUGUAUUGGCUGAGAGAGCGUUAUGUCAAAGAGACGGACAUUUCCAUUGGCUGAGAGAGUUACAUCAAAAGAGGGACAUUUCCAUUGGCUGAGAGAGUUACAUCAAAAGAGGGACAUUUCCAUUGGCUGAGAGAGUGUUACGUCAAAAGAGGGACAUUUCCAUUGGCUGAGAGAGUGUUACGUCAAAAGAGGGACAUUUCCAUUGGCUGAGAGAGUGUUACGUCAAAAGAGGGAGGGCUUACAGUGAGAGACCCUUCGUCAAGGACCUGUUUGAGAAUGGAUAAAUGACAACAGCGGUACUGUACAGGCGAAGGUCAAACCGGGCCACAAUCACGAGUCUCUCUCUACCUGCUAGGUCCCACUGGCUGUGGUUAUUCACUGACUACUGGCACAACUAGGGGCGUCGACUGUUAUGGUAAGAAGGGAAGCUGUUGAAAAUAAAGACAAACAGACACCAUGGUUAUCACCGAGGAGGACAUUUUUGGUUACAUUUUGGUUCUUGUUUAAGUUUUUAUUUGCACAUGAACCUUUAAAGAUAAAUUAAAUGUGUUAUCUCUGAUUUUUCUCUUGCUCUCCCUACACUGAUUUUACACUUUUUUCUCUCUUUUUUCUGUAUUUUGUUUCAGCUGUAUACAUUUUCACAAUAAAAGUUUUUAAAAAAAUGUCACAAUUUCCAUUUCUUUGUGAGUCUUGUUCAUGACUAUGAUGUGUCAGCAUUUCUAUGUCUUUUGUUGUAUCACACCUGACACAUUAUGUCAGAAAUGUAGUAGCAUCUGUACUACGUCCCUAGGACUAAUCUAAAAGGACUGGAAGAGCAAUAAAUACUGAGACA